CCCAGGUUCCGCGGGGCAGCGCCGGUGGCACGGGCACUCCAGGAGGGGUGUAGCGUUAGCGGCGUGAGCCUGGUGUUUACGGUUCUCAAGUGCGACGCCGGGCCGGUGCUGGAGCAGCAACAGAUGCGGAUCGACCCCGACAUCCAGGCUCCGGAGCUUACGGAGCAGAUGUUCAGGCUGGGCUCGCAGAUGCUGUUGCGCCAGCUACCGGGGCUGCUGUCAGGUGCUGUGACGGCACGUGACGCCGUGCUGCAGGACGAGGCGGCAGCAUCGUACGCGUCCAAGGUGGCCAAGCACGAGGGUUUGUUGGACUUUCGGUGCAGUGCGGCACAGUGCCACAACCACGUGCGUGCCAUGGCAGGUUGGCCGGGCAGUCGGGCCUCGCUGCUGGUGGAAAACAAAACGACAGGU